GACACCCGUUUCACUUUCUCAUCUUCUCUCUCUCUCUCUCUCAACCUAACUCCCCAAAUCACACGAAGCCUGGCUGAGAAUUUCGACGGAGAGAGUGGGAAUCUAGUAUAAUUCCACCGGCAUCACUGAUAGAUCCAAAGAGGGCAACCCAAUUGGAGGAUUUGAAGGCAUUUGAGUGGUUGGUUUCAUUCCGAGGUUGAGGUCUUGAGGGCGAUGAAGGUGGCGGUUGGCAGGCCGGGGACGCUGAGCGGUCUAUUGCUGAGGAUCGGCCAGUCUCUCUUCGCCGCUUCCUCCAUCGCCUUCAUGGUCUCCGCCUUUGGCUUCUCCAACUACACUGCCUUCUGCUACUUGAUUGCUUCUAUGGGAUUGCAAGCACUUUGGAGCUUUGGUCUGGCUUGUCUAGAUUUCUAUGCUAUGUGGAUUAAAAGAGAUCUUUGCAGUGCUGUUCUAGUUAGCUUGUUUGUUGUGGGAGACUGGGUAACAGCGACUUUAUCACUUGCGGCUGCAUGCUCUUCAGCUGGAGUUGCAGUUCUAUUUGAUAGAGAUGUGGACUACUGCAGAGCAUAUAUUCAACAUGCAUGUCAUAAGUAUGAAAUCUCAAUAGCGUUUGCUUUCAUCACGUGGCUUUUGAGCGCAAUAUCUUCUCUAGUAAUGCUCUGGCUUCUUGCGUCAGUUUGACAAUUUGUGAUUUUUUUCUGUUUAUUUGUAAGAUUGUUUAGCACACACAGGAACAAAUUUACACCAUGAAUGGAAGUGUUGUUAUUGUCAAUGAGCAGGUGACUAUUUAC